UUUAACGACAAUGACCCCCCAGAGGUCCCCAGACAAUCAACGAACUUCCACGAAUACUCCGUGCCCUUCCAAUUCAAGAAUAUACUUUACAUUGACGCAAUAUAAACUCAGCACUGAAGCACCGGGACUCCCUGUGCCAUCAUUCCAAUCACAACUUCCACCAGCACCAUGUCGGAACCUCUCCCUCCGAAUGCUCACGUCUCCUCCCAUCCAUGCCUCCAAGCGAAGCUCUCCCAGCUCCGUUCACAAAGCACAAGUGCCAAGGACACGAAGACCUUGAUCCACGAGAUUGCCGUCAUCGUAGGAUGCGAGGCUCUCGCCCACGGGCUGUCGACCAAGGAGACAGGGACUGAUACCUCCGCCUUGGGUUACGAAUACACAACCCAGACCAUCUCCCCCUCGCACAUCUCCCUGGUUCCUAUCCUCCGCUCCGGGCUCGGCAUGGUCGACGCGCUGGAAUCCCUCCUGCCCAACCCCGUGCCCGUCCACCACCUCGGCCUCUACCGCGAGAAAGCCACGUUGCAGCCGGUGGAGUACUACAACAACCUGCCGUAUCACCGCCCGUCGACGACGAAGCCCGGCCCGUCCGAGCUGGCGAUCGUGAUCGAUCCAGUCAUCGCGACCGGGCAGACCAUGUGUGCGGCCAUCGACACGUUGCAGGAGUGGGGGGUGAAGAGGAUUAUUGCGAUUGGGGUGUUGGCGAGUGAGGGAGGGUUGAGGAAGGCGGCGACGAGGUGGAGUGAGGGGGUGGAGGUGUGGGUUGGGGGGUGUGAUGCGGAGACGGAUGGGAAGGGGUUUAUUAAGCCGGGCUUGGGGGACGUGGGUGAUCGGUUGUUUAGCACGAUUGGGAAAUGAGUUGAAGUAGACAGCGAUGGUCUGUGAAAGAGAAGAACAUAUUAGAAGGCGGAUCUGGAGUUUCUAAGGCAACCCAUGGUCCGUGUCACACUCAGAUGGCCUGGUUGAAUUUUUGACCGUUAGAGGAUGGAUUGAAUGAAUCCCUCUGUUACUGAUGAUAUCCGUUCUCGAUGCUCACUCCGGCCUUCUUGGG